GCCCCUCACUGGGCCAUGGUUUGAGAAGGGCUUCAGAGACUUGGGACGCUGUUGCUAGGUGCUGGUUGCUAAGCAACACUCUGUUUCUUCUAGCUUGGCCAUCUCCACCUCAGGAGGGCCGGCUUCUCUUGAGCAGCUCCUGCCUCCUGUGGCCUCUGCCUACCUCAGAGCCAACUGAAGAGGGCAGGUGAGGGUGGGGCCUACUGUCUAGGGUCCCAGGAGAGUGCAGGGAACUUCCAGAGGGAGGGGAUUGAAGAAGGAACUGAGUAAGAGAUGGGAGUGGGGGUAUGCCUCACAGGAGAGAAAUUCCCAGGUAGGCAGUCAUCUGGUCAUGGACUCCCUAAAACUCACAUGGGGGGGGGGUCAGACCAGAGGACUGGGAUUCAGAUACCCCAGGUCUGAACCCCAGGCCUGAAUCCCAGUUAAGAGUUAAGAGCUUUGGCACUAAAGUUUCUUGGCUCUAAAAUGGGGGCAUUUGAAAGCUGGUAUGAGAUAAGCCAGUGUGAGCCGAAGAUGGGUCAGUUCUUCCUUUGUCUUGGGGCGCAGCAUUCUUCUGGGGUUGGAGCCUGGGAUCAGGACUCCUGAGGGCCUCAUGGUUUCUUCUCAGGCCCGCGGGGCCCUGCCCCACAGCACCAUGAUGGGAAAACUCCCUCUCGGGGUUGUCUCUCCUUAUGUGAAAAUGAGUUCGGGGGGCUGCUCUGACCCUCUGAAGUUUUAUGCUACCAGCUACUGCACAGCCUAUGGUGAGGACCCCCUCUGUGGGAGCUACCUUCUGGACCCCGGGUGGCAAGAGAGGCCAGGAGCAGCACAGUCUCUAGGCUAAUCCUACCAGUGACCUGCCACACAGAGCUGGUCUGUUAUUCCCUGAACCCCAAAACUCGUGUUGUCAAGCUGGCCUUGUCUAGCCGCCGCCUCCCUCACCCUGUCACCGCAGUGAGUCUGCCACAUGGUUCUUGUGUCCCUAUGCCAAUGAAUUUGUUUCCUGCCUUCAUAGUCCUCUGAAGGGUCAGGUCUACUCAGCUCCCAUCACCUGGGAUGUUGGGUAUUCCCCCAGCUUAGUGGGCUUGGGUCUUAGGGGAUGCCGACCCAGUCUGGAAGCCACUCCUCCCCUUCUGAUGACCUUUGGUCCUGUCUUGGUCUUGCCCCCUGGCAGGUCGGGAGGAGUUCAAGCCCCGAAUGGGGAGCCAUGUAGGCACAGGCUACAAAUCCAACUAUCGGCCUCUGGUCUCCUACCAACCCCAUCUGGAUACUCUGGACAAUCCAGCCAUGGGGGAACAGAUUCGUGACACUUCCAAGUCUGUGUCCAGUCAGAGCUACUGUCCCCUAGAAGUGCCUGAUGGCAAACACCCCAUGCCCUGGAACCUAUACCAGACCACCUCUGGCUAUGGGCGAGAGAAGCUCAAUACUGGACCACUUUCCAAGGAGGUUAAGAAGGUCCAUUUCGAUACCCAGGAUCAUGGACCUCAGACCAUCACAGGACUGGAGCCCAAGGAGGUUCCCCUGCUCCACCAGCAGCAGGGCAAGGGCUCUGUGGAGUGGGAGAACUCACACUAUGGUCCACGCUUCAUGGCUUCUGAGUACAAUUCCAAGUAUAUCAAGGAACCUCCAAACCAUCCAGAUCUCUUGCUAAAGAAGACGAUUGGCUCCAAAGAAGAGACUGGCUUCACUGAAGAGUCAGCCAAGAAUCCCAUUGUCUUCCAGCCGUCCUCACAGGCAUAUCCUGGGGACCCCGUCCUCCACCCAGGACGGAGCAUCACCAAGUCAGACUUCCUCCCUAUAAGUCACCCUCAGGGAAGCGAGUUUCUCCCUGUGCUGUCCAGAGGCUCUGAUCGGGACACAGGAUACAGCCGAGUGAAUGAAAGGAUCUUGAACCCCAGAAUGCCUGCUCCAAGCCCACAGUCUGCCAGCAUGAGCCACAGGUCCUAUCAGCCGCCCCAGCGGAUGCAACAGACAAACGUUGCCCUGCUUGGCAGGGAGUCUGUGGGGAACAAGGAGCCCACAGGGUUCACUAUUAACAACCCCAGCUACGUCCGGAGCUCCUAUGAAUCGGACAGAGACCAACGGUACCUGACUACCUACAACCAAGGGUACUUCGAGAACAUCCCCAAGGGACUGGACCGAGAAGGCUGGACUCGAGGUGGCAUCCAGCCCCAGAAAGCAGGAGGCUAUGCCCUCAACGAUUCUGUUACCCGCAUGGACACCACUCCUAACCCCACAGAGACCCUGCGGCACCUGCACCCUCAUGUGGGAAGAACCUUGACUUCGGUUGACCCCUUCUAUCGAGACAUGCCUCAUAGCAACCGCUACACGGCGACCAGCUGAGUCUUGAGGGGUUUGUCAUGAUGGGACAAGCUGCUUUCCCUAUGCUCCCCAAAUCCCCCCAGUUACUUUCCUAAGGAAAUAAAGAACACUGAAUCAGCA